AUGAGGAUCAACUCCCUGGAAUCCGUACGAAUCGGUCCUUCAAGGAAGGCGAGGAGGGACUUCAAAGAGGUGAAGAAGAAGAUUAAACACUACUUGGAAGGUAGAACGAAGAACUUCUCUGAAGUACAUGGAAACUUGAAGGAACGGAUGGACGAUCUACGUUCAGAGCUGAGCACGAUUCAGCAUCGUGCAGAAGAGAUGAAGAGGAUAGGGGAAGGAGCAUUGAAGGCAAUUGCUGUGGGCAUGGCAAGCACUGGGUUAUCUGAAUUUGUCCCCGACCUCAAUGCACCUGCAGAGGAUGAGUGGAACGUUUUGCAUAGUGACGAGCGAUAUAUGUAA